GUUACUUGAUUGGAUGUUAAUUUUCCGAAUUCUCUCAACGCAGAUCCUCGUGAAGCCAAAGGCGUCGUGUGCAAAAUCCGCAGUUUUCUACAUUAAUGGAUUGUUUCUGUUCAAUAGCUCCACUUUCUCCUCUGUGAUUUCUGGGUAGAGAUUCUAGGGUUUCUAUUUGCAUCUCUAACCUGCGAGCUGCUCAUAGCCCACACAACUUUUUCGUUUGUGGGUUUUCCUAAUUUAGGGUUAGGACAAAUUUCUGUAUUUUUCAUCCAAGAGAGAUAAAAGAUGUAUGCUGAUAAAUUGGAGGCUGAGUCUGGAAGCAGGAAGGUCGUUAAGGAUCGUAUCAAUGGCGGUUCUGGCGACAUCUCUUCUCGCGUGCGACAAGUGACUGGGAAGAGGCAAAGGCAGGACGACAAAUGGGAGCAUGAUCUUUUCAGUAGUGACAAACCUCAACUUUCAAAUCGCAGAGUUGAUCCUAGAGAUCUUCGUUUGAAGCUCCAAAAGAGACAUCAUGUGUCUCAAAGUGGGCGAGAAGCUGGUUCAGGCGUGCGGGAUUUACGGGAAAAGCUCUCUGGGACAAUGAAUCUGCAACCAAAAAACAGUGACGCGCCAAAACCUAAAGCGGAGGCUGCUAGACCAAGUAUGAAGAGCGUGGCGACUGAAACAGAGACUAGAAAAACUUCCACUCAAGCUAACAGGAAGAAAUCACAGCAGGCUGAUUCAUCGGUUGAUAGCUUUCUGGAAUCAUUGGGUCUCGAGAAAUAUUCAACAGCUUUUCAAGUGGAAGAAGUUGAUAUGGAUGCUCUCAUGCAUAUGACAGAUGAUGAUCUGAAGGCUAUGCUCAUACCGAUGGGUCCGAGGAAGAAGAUACUGCUUGCUUUGGGAUCUAAACCCUAAGAGCUUAGUGACUUCUACAUGAUGGUUUGAAGCUCAGGUGAAUGGUCUCUGCAGUUGUUAAUUAAGAAUUAUGAGAAAUGGUUCCGGAUUUGGCUCUCUUUUUCUUGAUUGUAUUUUGCCCAUCUUAAGAGCUUAGAAUUUUUUGGGUUAGACAUCUGUAAUCUUAAACAUGGUGAAACAUACACUGUUUGAUUGCACGAACUUUUGAUGUGAGAGAAGCCUUGAGAUAAACACAAUGACAAAAA